AUGUCCUCCCUUGACCUCCCCGAGCUUGCCGUCUCGACCUUUACCAAGGGCCUCGAGACAUACUCUCACAUUCUCAAGAAGACGCAAGAGUUUGCGAAGGAGAAGGGUAUCGAUCCGAACACAUUCGUUCAGGCCCGUCUGAUCGAGGACCAGCUUCCAUUGGCAUUCCAGGUUCAGAACGCCACCAAGGCCGUACAAAUAUCUCUCGGCCGUCUUAGCGGCAUUGAGCCGACACUAUUUCCCAACAAUGAGACCACUUUUGAGGACUUGCAGCAGAGGAUCGCCAAGACCCUGGAUGCGGUGAGGGCUUUUGAUGUGGUGAAGGCAACGGGCCGAGACCUCGAGACGCUCGACUUUUCAUGGGCUGGCCAGACGCAUAAGAUCACCGUCAAGGCUGCUGUGUUGACCCAGGGCGUGCCCAACUUCUACUUCCAUCUCACCACGGGCUACUCAAUCCUCAGAGCCAAGGGCGUACCACUGGGCAAGGCGGACUUUCUGGGCAACUUCCUGGGUCUAUAG